GAUGCUAACAAAAAAAAAUGUGUUCCAUUCAUCUGUCUCUUUGGAUCGAAGGCGGCUUUUGAUCCUUCGCUAAGUGUCUCUGAUCUUCUGUCACAUCUCUGCCUCUGAUUAGCGUAGUCGCCAUCAAUUUCUCCUCGAGCUCGAGAAGCGAAUGGCGAAUCCCCCUCCUCAGACAGAAACCCUAAUUUCGAUUUCCUGAAUCGUCGCCAUGGGAGCUAACGAGUUUCGUUUUUUCUUGUCCUGCGAUAUCAAUUUACCGGUUACUUUUCGCGUCGAGAGGCUCGAAGGAACUCUCCCCGAGAAGAAACCGAGUGGUACGGGAGUUGUCUCUGGCGUAGAUGACCAAAAACCAGAGCUGUUCGUCGAGUGUGCGUUACACAUCGAUGGUGCUCCUUUUGGUCUUCCCAUGAGAUCAAGACUGCAAACUUCUGGACCACCAUAUUGCUGGAAUGAACUCAUCACUCUCAGUGCAAAAUAUCGGGACUUAACUGCUCACUCGCAACUCGCUAUAACCGUUUGGGAUGUUUCUCGUGGGAAAGCCGAGGGACUAAUUGGUGGGGCAACCGUUCUUCUUUUUAACAGCAAAAUGCAACUGAAAACAGGAAAGCAAAAGCUUAGGCUUUGGCAGGGGAAAGAAGCAGAUGGCUCAUUCCCAACCUCUACACCUGGAAAGGUUCCAAGGCAAGAGCGUGGGGAGAUAGAGCGUUUGGAAAAGCUCAUGAAUAAGUAUGAGAUGGGUCAGAUCCAACACAUUGAUUGGCUGGACCGACUUAUGCUGAAGGCCAUGGAUGGGAUCAAGGAACAAGAAAGCUCUAAAAAAGGCAGUUCACAUCACUACUUGGUUGUUGAUUUCUGCAGUUUUGAACAUAGAGUUGUAUUUCAGGAGUCUGGUGCCAAUUUCUUCAUAACUACCCCAAUAGGUUCAACAAAUGAACUUGUUACUGUUUGGGAUCCAGAACUGGGAAAGAUAAAUCCUUCAGAGCACAAGCAACUAAAGUUAGCAAGGAGCUUGGAUCGUGGCAUUAUUGACAAGGAUCUCAAGCCAAGUGCUAAUGAACGAAGGUCAAUUCAAAUAAUUCUGAAAUACCCGCCAACAAGAUCACUAAGCGGUGAUGAAAGGCAACUCCUGUGGAAGUUCCGUUUCUCACUAAUGUCUGAAAAGAGGGCUCUCACUAAGUUUCUUCGAUGUGUGGAAUGGGGUGAUGUUCAGGAAGCAAAGCAAGCGAUCGAUCUGAUGAGCAAAUGGGAAAUGAUAGAUGUAUGUGACGCCUUGGAGCUAUUAUCUCCUUUAUUUGAAAGUGAAGAGGUUCGAGCAUAUGCCGUGAGUGUCCUUGAAAGAGCUGAUGAUGAAGAACUCCAGUGUUACUUGCUUCAACUGGUUCAGGCUCUUCGUUUUGAACGCUCUGAUAGAUCUCGCCUUUCUCAGUUCCUUGUCCAACGGUCAUUGCGGAAUAUUGAGCUGGCCAGCUAUCUUCGUUGGUAUGUCGCUGUGGAGCUUCAUGACCAUGUCUAUGCAAAACGAUUUUACAGCACAUAUGAGUUACUCGAGGAGAAGAUGAUCAAGUUGACUCCUGGUGUACAUGGAGAAGAUAGAUAUAAAUUGUGGCAAAGUUUGGUACGGCAGACGGAAUUGACUGCUCAAUUGUGUUCUAUAACGCGGGAUGUGAGGAAUGUACGGGGAAAUACCCAGAAAAAGAUCGGGAAGCUGAGGCAGCUUCUAUCUGGAUUACUCAGUGAACUGACCUACUUCGAAGAGCCUAUUCGAUCGCCACUUAGCCCGGGUGUUCUAAUAACUGGGAUCGUGGCAUCAGAAUCAUCAAUCUUUAAAAGUGCACUGCACCCUUUACGCCUUACUUUCCGUACAGAAAAUGGUGGAAGUUGCAAGGUUAUAUUUAAGAAGGGGGAUGAUCUUCGACAAGACCAACUGGUUGUCCAAAUGGUUUGGCUCAUGGAUAGGCUGCUUAAGCUGGAAAACCUCGAUCUUUGUCUAACUCCAUUUAAAGUAUUAGCAACCGGGCAUGAUGAAGGAAUGUUGGAAUUCAUACCAUCCCGAUCUUUGGCUCAGAUUCUCUCUGAGAAUCGAAGUAUAACGAGUUAUCUGCAGAAAUUUCAUUCUGACGAGCAUGGCCCUUUUGGUAUAACGGCAACCUGUCUCGAUACAUUUAUAAAAAGUUGUGCAGGAUAUUCUGUUAUCACAUAUAUACUGGGUGUUGGAGACAGGCAUCUGGACAAUCUCCUCCUCACCGAUGAUGGCCGCCUUUUCCACGUGGAUUUUGCAUUUAUCCUCGGACGAGAUCCUAAACCAUUCCCUCCGCCGAUGAAACUGUGCAAAGAAAUGGUAGAAGCCAUGGGUGGAGCAGAAAGCCAAUACUACACGAGGUUCAAAUCUUACUGUUGCGAAGCGUACAAUAUCCUUCGGAAAUCGAGCAAUCUGAUACUGAAUCUCUUCCAUCUGAUGGCGGGUUCGACUAUUCCCGAUAUAGCUUCAGACCCGGAAAAGGGCAUUCUCAAGCUCCAAGAGAAGUUUAGGUUAGAUUUAGACGACGAGGCAUGCAUUCAUUUCUUCCAAGAUCUGAUCAAUGAGAGCGUCAGUGCUUUGUUCCCACAAAUGGUUGAAACCAUCCACAGGUGGGCUCAGUACUGGCGAUGAUCCUUUGAACCAAGGCAUACAACUUCUCUCAUAUACUUCUUCUCCUCCUUGUUUCAUGAAAUUUGUUCUUAUUGCUUGACCUCGUGAUCAUUAAUGGCGAUGGUUUGGGCUGUUCGAUUUGCACUCA